AUGAAAUGUUUUCUAUUUUUAAUUUCUGCAUUACUGGGUUUUGUGAAAAGCGAUGAACUCAUUUCGACACGAUGCCAAGCACAAUGUCUACAUUUGAUGGAUCAGAGAUUACAAACAAACUUGGAGCUCCGCAAAACCCUCAAACAUCACAUUAUACAACUUUGCAAGGACGAUGUCACGUGUUCAGCGUGCUCAGCACCGUGCCGUGAACAAUUUGACGAUAUCAAAUCAUGCAAAAAGUCAUGUGUUGCAUCAGAUGACCGAGAAACUUGCGAAGAUUCUUGUCACUACUUACAGACAAUUUAUCAAGAGAAACCAGGAGCUUGUCCAUCUGUCAGCAAUUCUUCCAACUACGAAUGCUCUGCCCUCUGUCAAAUGGACGGAGACUGCCCAGAAACACAGAAGUGUUGCUCUUCUGGAUGCUCUCGACAGUGUCUGAAACCUCGUUCUUCCGAUAUCCGACUUCUCCCGAUCCCUCGAAACAUCAGUGUUCAAGAAAGAAAACGAAAAAGAAGUAUAAUUAUUCGAUGGGCGACCGGACGUCUCUCUAAAGCUCAACAAAAUGAAAAUGCUAACUUGUUCCUGGUUCAAUGGCGUUGGGGACUUCAUGCUGAUGAAUCUGCAAUGACUGAAUGGCAGACUGUAACUGUUCGAAACAAACCAUAUGCUAUAUUGAAGCAUCUUUUAUCACCUGGAAGAUAUUAUGAAUUCAGAAUUGCAGCAGUUUCACAAGAAGGAAGUCUCGGUUUCAGUGUCUCAUCGAAACCAUUCAAAAUUUCAAAAGAAGCAAAAGCUCCUCCACCUCCAAAAGACAUCUCGUUGGGAUCUUCCAAGUUAGGAACAGCUGGAUUAUGGAAUCAAAUGGUGAAUUGGAAUCCACCGCCAAGUGAUUUACCAAUUAAGAAUUAUCAGAUUUCCUGGGCCUCUUCCACCAAAGCUGAAGCCGAUGCAUUCGAAGAACAAAUGCGUAAAAAGACCACUCUAGAAUUCGCUGCCCACGAAAAACGCAGUCUCCAGACAUCUGACGAUGACGACGAAUUCAUCGGAAUCCAGGAACGUGAUCGUCAUUCCGUUGUCGUUCCGAGUCAUUCCACAUCAUCUGAAAUUCAAGGACUAUUCCCGAAUAGUGUCUAUAUUGUCGAGAUUCAUGCUUCUGUCGAUUCGAGUGAAGGAGAAUUGCACGGAGAGAAAGGAAUCGUCUUCAUCAGAACUCAGGAUGCAAGUGAGAAUGUUUUAUCUGGAAAAGCAACGGAAUCAGAGCCAGAGUACACUGGACCAAUAGCUAGAAUCGCUCACGCUCCAGUCUCUCGAGAUGAAAGUGAGGAAUUGAAGGUCGAGGAGAGCAGUCCUGCAUCAGUACCAAGGUCUUCAAGACCCGCGAGUCAUGCUGCUGCUGCUCAUCUGGAAAUUCAAACUCCGUUCUUUGACACGGAACUUCAAACACAACUAUCAUGGGUUAACUCAGCAUACUGUACUCCAACUCGUCGUCAAUUCAGUAUCAAAGUUCGAAAGACUCUGUGUCGGGAAUACCAACCAAAUCAUCAUUCGGACACUCGAUGGCAUGAUUUGAGAGUUACCGAAUGUAGUGCCCUUCUGAAGGGUCUUUCAUUCGAUUGUGACUAUAAAGUGGAAGUUACGGAUACAGUAACCGGAGAUCCUGUUGUCGAUGGAGUGUUCUCUACCGAUACAUGCGAUCAGACAUCUUCAUUGACACCCAUCGAAUGCUCCAGUCUGACGACUCCAAUCCAGUGUCAAGUGACAUCUGAAUCCUCUGCUCAUUGUCAUUGGACAAGACAUCAUGAUGCUAUGCAGACAGUGAUUGGAUAUCGAAUUCUAUUGAGUUCUCCAAUCAACCAGGACACCAAUACAACAAUAAACCAACCACAGUUGAGAGAAGUCAGAUAUGAGAACUUGCAACCCGGAUACGUUUACACUGUAGAGGUCCAAAGCAUCACCAACAAAGGACUCGGCCGUACAGUAAGCACGCAGUUCGUGACGCAUUCCGAUUUCGAACAAAAUGCAAUUUCGAGAUUCCCGGGAGGAGAAAUCAUUGAAUUACCACUUGAAUCUUCUUCAGCGUCUUCUUUAUUAUUAGUUUCUCUACUUUUCACUCUCCUUCUGAGGUUACUGUAG